AUGGGCCGUCCAAAGAAGGAGAUUAGUCGGAAUAAUUUAGAAAAAUUCCAUAAGGAGUUAGAACUAGCAGGAGCUCGUACUGAACUUUUAUUACAAGACAAGAAAGGGCGCUCGAGAUCUUGUCUACUCUGUAGACGGAGAAAACAGAAAUGUGAUCAUAAACAACCAAGUUGUACUACUUGUUUAAGGGCGUCUGUCAAAUGUAUUCAACCUGUGAGGUAUGGUGUUGUAACCGAUGAGGCUACUGAUGGUUUAUCUUCGCCUCCAGUAACGUCGACAAGUGGUUAUAGUACAGGGGACUCAAAGAUUAAUUCGCCGGUGGAUCAACCGCGUAAGCUGGAAAGGAGCAAUAAUCCAAGCGAAAUGGGAUCUGUACCAAUAGUAGUCGGUUCACCAGACCUCAGAAAUCCAUACACUAAUGCUAAUAAUAAUAGUAAUCAACAUAAUAGCAAUAACAACAGCAACAUUAACGGUAGAGGAAGUGAUAAGAAUGAAAUUAAACCAUUGGUACAGGAUAUUGAAAGACCAACUUUGAUUAUUCCGAUUGAUAGGCCCAAGGACGAUUAUACGUUAUCGUUGGAGGGGAGAGUAAACGAUUUGGAACAGUUAUUGGCAAAUCAGCAACGCCGUUUUAGUGAUUUGCAUAGCUGUUUUGGUAUUGGCGCUGACGUUUAUAAGAACGAAAAUAUCUUACCUCUACCUAAUGCUGGUAUGAAGGGGAAAUUCUUACCAUUAAAGCCAUUGACAGGCCAUGGCGAUUUAGGAAUGGUUUCAAGCCCAACUCAAUCAGCACCAAUACCUUCACUAGCGUCAGAUUCAUUGGAUUCGAUUGAUUUCUUGAAAUGUAUCUUUGCCAAAUACAACUUGAAAGAAUUUUUGAAUUAUGAUCCUGCCUUUAAGUUCGAAGAACAAAUUUCCCGUUCAUUAUUGGAAACUUUCUUUUCCCGCUUGCAAUUCAAAUACCCGUUGUUGGAUGAGGGUGAAAUUUACGCUUUCCACGAUGAUUACGUUCAUAGUAAUAUCUACUCUUAUUCGGACGUCGGAUUCCAUUUUGCAUGUGGUCGUCUAUGGUUAGUCUUUAGCAUUAGUGCAUGUCUGUCGAUGACAACUGGCAAAUACAGAGGUGAGCCACCUGUUCGCUACUUUUCCAAAGCCAUUCGUCACAUCACCAGAUGUGGUGAUAGUCUAACUUAUGUGCAACAAGUUGAAUUACUUACACUUUUGGUGCUUUACAUUUUGAGAACUGACCGUGAUUCACUUGUGCUCUAUGAUAUCAUUAGAGAUGCAAUGUUUAUCUGUAAGGAUCAAUUACAUAUAAACGUUUGGAGACCAGAUGAUCCUAAUGCUCACAAGAAUUUAAGAUUGUUUUGGUGUGUCUAUCUUCUAGAAAGAAUGAUUUGUGUUGCUGUCGGUAGACCUUAUGCCAUUGCAGAGUCCGAAAUUGAUCUACCGUUAUUUGAUGAAGUCUCCUUCAAUACAAGGACCAUAAAUGAUCCCAAGAGACAGCACACAGGUGUUCAUUUUAUUAAUCAAUCGUUGAGGCUGCGAAGGAUUGAAUCUCAAUUUGUAGAAACCUUGCAGCUUUUGCCUGACAAUCAGAAUAGAAAGCAAGCCUCCCCAGAACAAUUACCAUUGGUUCAAAAAUUCUUUCAUGAUUUAGAAAUAUGGAGGGAUAAUUGUUCGAGAGAUAAGGUUAGAAAUUUUGAGAAUGAGACACUUAAAUUAUAUUACUAUCGUUCUGUUAGAUUGCUUAUUCAACCUUAUUUGGAGUUAUUGACACCAGAAGAUAGAUUAUUCAGGGAAUGUCAGGCAGCUGCAGGACAGAUCUGUCAAUUGUAUAAAAUUUUCCAUCAAAAAACAAUUACUGGACAUUCAACCCCUUCUGUCCAUACCGUUUUCAUUGCCGGUGUAACUUUGAUUUAUUGCAUGUGGCUUGCUAGAAACAACGAUGAUCAAAGAAGGAAAAGUUUAGGUGAUGAUUCUAAACACACGAGACCAUUAGUGAGUGCUAGUCUUUUCUCCACAAUGGAUGACUUAAGAGCUUGUUCAGUAUGUCUAUAUGUGAUGACCGAAAGGUCAAGUUUUGCUCGCAUUUUCCGUGAUACCUUUGAUCAAUUGAUGAAUGCUACCGUAGGGAAUCUAAUUGAGAGGUGUGGACCUGAUUCUUCGGAACUCAUUUACAUUUCUUCCCCCAAUAGAAAUGAUAUUGAAACUGAAGAUGAAAGGGAAGCUAAUUCACCCCAAGGGCUAAAGAAACGACACGAAGGUGGGAUGCCUCCUGCAACUAAUAGAAUCUUUGGUACUAGACAAGCUGAAGAAUUGGCUGCAUUUGUAGAAAACUCUCAAGUGGAUCCAGAGGAGCAAAAGGAAUUAAAGAAGAAGCAAGGUGCUCUCGAACAAAAAUCCGUUCCUGAGAGUUUGUCACAUUUACUAAUAAAGGUAGAGGCUAAUGACAAAGUAAAAAAACAUAAACCAACCCUAGUAGAUGAAGGUCUACCACCCAAAAGAAGGGAUACUAAACACGGAUCUAAUUCUAACAAGGGCGGCGAUGACAACCAGUACAUUAUCAAGAAACCUUCCACCAGUAAAGAAUUCGACUGGAAAGUGUUUCAGCAACAAGCAUUUUUACAACAGCAUUUGGCUCAACAGAGUCUACAAGCAUAUUUGUCAAGUUUAAAUUCAUCAACCAAAAUUGAUCAAAAUGUGGAUGCUAUAGGGAAUUCCAUCAAUGAUUUUGAGAACAAACUUGGUCGCGCCAUUGUGCCUCCAAGUGGAUUGCAGGUUCCUGAUCCAAAACACAAUACUAAUGCCUACCAUUUAGAUCCCGCUGAUCCUGUAAUAUCUACACCGACAUGGAAUCAAAAUAACAAUAACAAUAACAAAAAUAAUAAUAAUAAUGAUAGCACCAACAAUAGUACAACAAUUCCGGAAUAUCAUGCAAUGCCAAGAGAAGGUGGUUCAAAUAUAAACUUAGGUUCGCCAUCAAAAUCAAGUCCCAAUUUACUCCUCAAAAAAGAUUCAAAUAAUACUACCACUAAUCUCAACGCCAACAUUCUUUUGAAUAACGGUGCGCAAGAUAUGAUUACUGAUAUUUCAACGUGGACUACAAAUUCCGUUACUCAUCUAAUGAAUGAGAAUGUCCACAAAAGAGACUCGUCAUCCCAAGAGCGUAACAGUAGUAAUGAAUAUGGACAAAAACACCCUGAUGUGCCAAUUUCCAAUAAUCCUGGGAAUUUUCAAUUGAUACCACCAGUACCAUCACCAAACAUCAAUUCACGCCCUGGGACCUUCGAUCCAAACGUACAAAGCCAUCAGAGAGGCCCCAUGGGUUUUUCCUCGUUGUUAAAUGAUGGAUCUGAGCCGGGUCCUUCUACCGCUGUUGAUUCUCAAGAUUCUAAUCGCCACACGGGUCCAAAAUCCGGUAAUGUUAAACUCCCACCGACCACAGCAGGUAAAGAUUUCGUCGUGGAAGAAUUCUGGACUGUGAACGAUGACUACGGAUUUUUGACGUGA